UGAAAACAUUGGAAGGCUACAACGUAGGGUUGGGCUGCUGUUUCUGAGAGCACGGGGGAAGAGGCAUUGGCGAUCCGGGGGUCGGAAUUCCGUGAGGACUCGUGUUUUAGAUUUAAGGAGAAUUUUCGGAGGGACGGGGCGACUAAUCGCCUGCAGUUGCCAGUUUUAAAAUGAGUGUCCAGUUGGUAGGUGUCCUGGUCCUACUGGUGACCUUGACCAGUGGUCAGAACCUGGAGAAGGAGACUUGUGAUUCUUCACGACGAGAAGUGGACGUCCAGAUGUCCAAUGCUAAUGCUAUUAUUGGUGGACUGUUCGAGGUGCGGAAUCCUGAAUUGGGAGGAUAUGCCUGCGGUCAACCUCAUAAAGAAAUGAUGCAGAUAUACGAAGCAGCCAGAUGGGCACUGAACAGAGUCAACGCCAUCAACUAUAUUCCUGGGGUCCGACUAGGAAUGAAGGCGUACGAUACAUGCUUUUCCCAAAUGAUGGCUGUCAAUGCAGUGAACAGAUUUUACCCACAAAUCUCCAGUAGUUCCACUUCCUGUACGACAGGAAACACCAUCGAUCUUGGCCUGCUAGGACCAAUGUCCAGUUGGACAUCCAAGCCAGUGGCUGAACUGACCACCAAAAUUCCAGCCUCAGUCUUGUCUCCCCGGGCAAUGUCCACAGAACUGAGCAACAAAAUGAAGUAUCCCUACUUUAUGAGAAUUACCCCUAACUUGGCCUCCCAGGCAGAGGCUAUGAUUGCUGCUCUGGAGCAGAUGUCAUGGAAGAAAGUGGUGGUUGUGUAUUCUGACAGCGUUUAUGGGAUGGAUGGCUUCGAUAUCUUUAAGCGUAUGGCCUUUAAGAAGUCCGUCUGUAUAACCAAGGGGAUUCCUAUCCCGGCCACUGGGUCAGUUUCUGAAAUUCAACAGCGUUUGUCUGGAAUUCUCAACUAUGAUGUCACUGCUGGAGUUUUCCUUGGUUCGGCGGCACUUUCCUUGAAGUUUUUUGACGCUCUGGAGAACGUACCAAACGCUGGACAAAUGCAGUGGAUGUUGACGGAUAUGAACCUUAUGGAGAGUUACACCUCACCGAUUGCCAGGGGUGCCAUUUUUGUUGGUCCGAAAACAGUCACAGUGACAGAGUUUAGAGAUUAUUUCCUGAACCUGGAUGAAAAUAAUCCACCGUCAGAAAAUCCCUGGUAUCGAGACUGGUACAUGACCAUGUAUAACUGCCGUCUCAGUGGAGUGAAUUACGCCCCAUACAACAGCCUGAAUUUGUGUCCUAGCCUCACAGCUGCCCAGAAACUGGCUGCCUACAUACAAGUGCCGUAUGUGGAGACGACCAUUAAGGCAGUAUUCGCCUAUGCGUCUGCCCUACGUGUGGCCCAGAGUGCCAGGUGUGGCCCAUCGGGGACGUUCUGCUCCUCGCUACAAUCUCUGUCUAGCGCAGAUUUCUUCAAUUACCUCCGCAAUGUCAAUUUCCAGUUCUCCUCAGCUGAAGGGAUUCCAUCUCUGGUCGGACAAACUCUCAAGUUUGACAGCAACGGUGACAGCUCCUUAAAAGAUUUCAGUGUUUUUAACUACAACAACAAGAACGGUGCUGGCUUUUCCUUUGUUGAGGUGGGAAGUUACGUGUCGGGCGUCCUGACCCUUAACCUUCAGGAUUUCGUAUUGUAUGAUGAAGCUCGUGCCACUGCCCUCCCCAGCUUGCCCUCCACUUCCUGUCCAUUACCCGGCUGUAUGUACUGUGAGAUCCCACGCGACAUGGUAGAGUUCAUGUAUACCCCUGGGGACGUCGUCAUCGCUGGACUUGUCAACGGACAUGUUGCUGGCAUGGAUCCUCUAUCCUGUGGCUUGCCAAGCAGUAGAGGAAUGGCGGAGGCCGUCGCCUUCCAGUACGCCAUCAAUACAGCAAAAACGGCACUACCAGGAAUCUUAAAUGGCGUGAGUCUCGGAGGACUCGUAGCCGAUAUCUGUGGCCAUCCUCUUGUUGGUCGCAUGUUUAUGAACAAUCUCCUCGACGGCCGUGACAAUGUGAUGGACAGGAAUGAGCACAUGGUGGACCCACAUUCCAUCAAAGCUUUAGUCGAUGGACAGGCCGACUUCAGCCUUGGUUUAGGGUCUAAUAUGUUACCAGAAAUCGGCACGGUAGCCAGCAGUAGGAUGUAUGCCAAUAAAGAUAUGUUUCCUUACUUUACAAGAGCCAGUGCUGGAACGGAGCAGAUGGCCACUGCGCUUGUUAAUACAAUAGCAAAUCUAGGCUGGUUUUAUGUGCAGACAGUGCAGUCUUUUGACUAUGGCAUGCAGGAGCUAGCCAUGGUCCGCGAGUAUGCGGCUGCUGGGAAGGUGUGUUUAGCGGCCUCCCACACGAUUUCAGAGGAUGUGUCUUACGAUCAGGUGAUUGACGACAUACAGGAGAAGCCUGCAGCCACGGUUGUUAUACUGUUUGUACAUCAGAGAGAUGUCCGAGGCCUGUUAGCUAGUGCCAAGGCUAAAGGUCUCAUGGGAAAGCUCCUGUUUGUAGGGACGUCCAGUUGGGGUUCCGUAGCGGGGCUGGAAGACAUGGCCCAUGGCAGCAUCGUUCUAGAGCCACAGGCCACUCCACUCUCCGGGUUCCAGUCAUGGAUCAACAAUUUGAAUCCUCGCACAGCUGAGAAUGUUCCGGGCUUCAAGGAAUGGUAUCAGGCCACCUACAAUUGCUACAUAGAUGCGGAAGUCAGGGGAGACUACCCAGGGGAGUGCGGUAGUGGAACCAUCACAAAUGGACCAAAUUACGAAAAUCCAUUCCAGUUAUCAUACAUGAUCGACUCUGUUUACACAGUGGCCAAGGCACUCGAUUCUACUCUCAAAUACUACUGUGGCGCCUCCUAUACUGGUGUUUGUGUACAGUUCCGCUCCAACACGGCAGCCAUGGCCAUGCUCAAUAAUUACAUUCAGAACACCUCCUUCACAGGAGAGUCAAAUACCCUGUUCCAGAUUAAAGAUGGUGUAGGCACAAAUGGAUUCAACAUUCUAAACUACAGACAAGGCACUGGAUAUGUUAAUGUUGGUAACUAUAAUACCAGAGAUGGCCUGUUCACCUUGUCUGCUAAUCAGAUCCAGUAUCCUACCGGUACUCCAGGGUCAAGCUUCCCCUCCAGUUGUCCUGGGAGUUGCUGGGAGUGUAGCUACGUUGGAGCUACUUCUAAUGCCAUGGUGUACGUACCCGGAGACAUCCAGAUCGGAGGAAUGUUUGGUGUACACUCUGUGUCGGGCUUUGAUGCGUUUGCUUGCGGACCGUUGAGCACAACUAAUGGACCACAGUUUCUUACAGCUGUCACGUAUGCCCUCGAGCAGAUUAAUUCCAAAAUGGCCCCUGUGAGUCUGAAUGGCGUUUCCUUAGGUAGUAUUUUGUUUGAUCAUUGUAAUGUCCAAGGGCGGUCACUUGACUUGGUGUCCAGUCUAUACGCUGGACUCUUGCCUGCAUCACCUAGCAACCCGUACUCGGACAUGCUGAAAGCCCGGAAUGUCAAAGCUUGGAUCACGGACAGCACAGCCGCAGUUAUUGACAUGAAGGAUGCGGCCAUGACACUCAACUUGCCACUUGUCAGUCCAUUUGCCUCCAGCGAACCACUAAAUAAUGAAGAAAUCUUCCCAACGUUUUUCCGUACGAUCGAGGGGGAUGUCACUCUCUCCGUUUCCAUGGCAAAAUUAGUGAAGUCGAUGAAUUUUAAAUUUCUUACUGUUGUAUAUUCUGACUCUGAUUACGGACGAUCGGGCAUGUCGACAUUCCAGACCGUUGCCUCUCAGGAAGGACUCUGUAUUCUUCAGUCCUUUAUGGUCAGUUCUUCUUCCCCAGAGACAGACAUUGUUCAGAAUAUCGCACUCAGCACCAGUCAGGUUGUUAUAAUGUGGACCAAUGCAGCUGAUUCUCUCGCGAUGUUCCAGGCACGCAAAAACAACCCUGUGGCUGCAAACAUAUUGUAUGUGUUUCCGAUGCCUAUGAUGGCACUUGCAGAACAAUUUGGCAGCGGCGGGAAAUCUUUUAUGUUGAAUAUAAAAACAGGAGAUGUCGCAGGUUAUCUGAGCUACGUGAAUUCUCUCGUUUCCAUGGAAACAUUCUGGCAGUAUCCUAUCCUCAUUGAGUACUACAUGAACCUGUUUUACUGCGACUUGCCAGGUGUAUCGGCGUUCAAGGUUCCCUGUACCUUCCCACUUCGACCGUUCACAGACAGUCCAGCUUUCUCUCAGGAUAAUUACGUUGUGCCAACCAUCAAUGCUGUAUAUGCCUUCACUGCAGGACUAGAUUCACUGCUGAAAGAGAAGUGUGGGCAGGACUAUGACGGGCUGUGUACCGCUUUCCUCACCAUGGACAAUAUGAAUGAAGUACUCAUGGAGAAGAUGGAAGGAAUCUCUUUUGUGGAUCCCACUGGAAGCACUUUCCGAUUCUUGGAUCGCGAGGGUAAUACUGGACUGGACUUGUUUUUCUAUGAUGGCACGACCACCAAACUGGUCGGCGACAUUGCUGGAGCCUCUCUACAAAUUACAGACCCAACCGUCAAGGGACAGGUCUCCUCGACGGCCUCGGCCUGUAACACUGACCCCUGUACCAUCUGUAUAAACAACAUCAACACUUUCAACUUCACCUACAAGGAGGGUGAUAUCUUAAUAGGAGGUAUCUUUGAUGUCCAUGACCGAGAUCUGACCCCAUUCUCCUGCGGUGACCUAAAGACUCUCCAUGGGUUCCAGCUCCUCGAAGCCUUUAACUAUGCUAUAGACAAGGUCAAUGACAAAUCCGGAAUCUUCGCAAAUGUUCUGAAGCAUGUGAAACUCGGAGGUGUAGCUCUGGAUUCGUGUGAAAGUGCGAUUCGUACUGGGUAUCUCGUAUCUAACAUUCACAACGGACUGACAAAAUUAACCCACAACGCUCAGACGGUGAACCCAGAAAACAUCAACAUGUACAUCGGGGCUUACUCCAGCGAUAGCUCUAUAUAUCUCGCCAGGAUUUUGAAAGCUUUGAAAAUUCCUCAAGUAAGCUAUGCAUCUACGAGUACACAGCUAUUGGAUGACAUCAGGUAUCCCUACUUCAUGCGCACGGUUCCCACCGAUGACAAACAAGUGGAAGGAAUUGUCAAGUUCCUUGACAAAUUUAACCUGCGAUACGUCCAGGUGGUCUUCAAACGAGACAAUUACGGCGAACUAGCUACCGAGGCAUUCAAAAGUAUGGCCGCCCAGUACAAAAUCUGUGUCUCCAACACGAUUGCCUUCCCAGACAACGGAACGGUUACCAGGGAAAGUGCUAAUGAAGUUGUAACCUAUCUCCUGGAACAGCCCAAUGCCAACACAGUUGUUGUUUUUGCCAGCACCGUAUAUAUCAAAGGUCUUGUACAAGGUAUCAGCAGGAAUCCUAACUCACAUGGACGAUUCCACUUUGUAGGUUCGGAAACCUGGGGAAACAACAUGGAGGCAAUUGCAGGCAAUGAAGAACUGGUUCAAGGGGCCGUAACUCUCACAUUGGAAUCGGCCGACAUUUCAGACUUUGAUAUUUACCUCGGGUCAAAAUCUCCUGGUAACUACCCGGAAAAUCCGUGGUUCCCAGAGUUUUACGAGGAAAUGUUGAACUGUUAUCUUACCAUACCAAACGGUAAACACACCCAACAGUGUACCAGUAUCUCGGAGAACAUUGUGGCUCAGCGAGACUACAUCCAGGACCCCGGAAUUCUCCACGUCAUCAAUUCCGUCUUUGCGGCAGCCUUUCUGAUUGACAUGACAUUAAAGGAGACAUGCGAUUCUAAUUACACAAUUGUUUGUGAGAAAUAUCGCAACAAUCAAGACCGCCACGAUCUUUUGAUGAGCAACAUCAAGAAUGUAGAUUUCACUGAUCCGACAAAUACUCGGUUUCAGUUCACUGACCGCAGAGAGGGAAACAAGGGCUACCAAAUCUACUCUCUAAACAAAAAGAUGACAGCAUUUGAUGAGGGAUUCUCAUACGACAAGAUUGGUACGUAUUCCUUCACUGGUGAUCUGAACAUCAAUCCAACAUACUCCCCGUCCUGGGAUGGCAGUUGUGACCGACAAGACGCCUGCACCGAGUGUCCAACCGUGAGAAAUACGAAGGCGCGUGACAUGUCACAGCCGGCGGCCAACGCUGACGCUGCUGCCUUCCUAUUGGUGUUGAAUGGCCACCAUCAGGGAUCCGACCCUUACAGAUGUGGACCUAUCAAAAUGAACAGCCUACACGUUGCUCUUGCGUUUUUCUACACUUUAGAGAGACUUCAGACACCGAAACCUUACGAUGUGCGAGGCGUAGUAGUCGACUACUGUUCUAACACGUUACGAAUCGACCAGGAUCUUUAUAGCCUGCUGGCCACAGGCAAGUUCUGUAGCACAGCUUUUGGAGCCGACGGCGUGGUGAACAACUCCACCAUUACUGGGGUGCUAACCACCUCGUCCUCGGCAACCAUGGCUGUCAACAGAGUCGUUAAACCUCUCAGGAUUCCUAUCAUCAGUAAUGGCGCAACUUCUGUUCUCUUGUCAGACCAAAGCAAUUAUCCUUACUUUUCGCGCACAGUUCCCCCGGAUGACUACCAGAUGAAGGUCAUUGCUGACAUUUUGGCCUUAAAUGACUGGACGUAUGUUUCUGUUGUUUAUACAAAGGAAACGUACGGUAUUUCAGGUUUUGAACAGUUACAACGAAACACUCGGUCCCAGGGAGUCUGUGUUACCAAUGCAAUAGGAAUACCUACUCGGCCCAGUAUGGAGGAGGCUAAAGCUGCUGUUCAACAGCUCACAACAAACGCUGGUGCUAAUGUCGUUGUCCUCUGCACAUUAUAUCCAGAAGCCAUCAUGGCCGCAGCAAAGGAGCUUGACCUCGUGGACCGAUUUGUUUGGAUUGGUACGGAUACCUGGGGGCAAUCACCCACGAUACCUACGGGCAUAGAGAGCAAGCUCCAUGGAUUGAUUACCAUAGACAUGCGCAGUGCCAUCGUGCAGAACUUCAUAGAUUACGUUAAAGAAAUCACAUACACAAAUCGGAAGAAUAUACCACUGGAUUGGUUUGAGGAAUUUUAUCAGGAGAUUCAUCAAUGUCAAUUGACAGAUGCUCAGUCACCCGCGACCAAGUUCUCUAGUUUCUGUGACAAAGGGGAGGUAAUCACGGACAGAAUGGUGCUGGCUAAUAAUUCGUACAUCUUACACACGAUUACUGCCACUUAUUCUCUUGUCAAUGGCUUAAACACUGUCCGCGCUGGCACCUGUAAACUGGCCGCAACAUUUUCAGACUGUUUCUCCAACCCGGAUAACUGGGACCGCCUACUCGAGGGCAUCCUCAGCACAGACUGGGAUAUGCACAACACACUUAAUCUUAAGCCACCUGAUAACUUCAACAUUCGUUUCAAUAGCCAGCGCUUUGUUGAUACAGGCUACAACAUUUAUACAUACUUGAAUGACGGCUCAGGAUACAGUUAUCAUCUGAUUGGCUCCACCAAAGAUGGUACGUUAAGUUUUGACAACUACGACCACGGAAGAGGAGCAGGUUUUACAUCCAAAUGUCCGGCCGGCACUGUUUGUGACUGUGAUGUUAUAACAAACACACCUCUCAUUUCCAACCAAACUGACGACCGCUUUACCGAGCCACGCAAUUUCUUCUUCUACAAUGAACGCAUCAAUGACUUUGGCCAGACUGUAUACGAUCAGGUAUACACGUGGCCAAUCUGGGCCAUCGCCGUCGGAGUCCUGACCAGUGCCGGACUGUUGGUGGCAGUAUUACUGUUCCUGUACUUCCUCGUGGCCUAUCCUGUCCGAGGUGGCACUACCAUUCUCGGCUUCAUGGUUUUGUUGGGCGUCAUUGGUAUUUAUGUCAUCAAUUUUGCAUUCUUCCUGCCGGCAUCUGAUGCCACAUGUGGCGCCAGGCGGUUCAUGAUGGGAGUGGUAUAUGCUAUUGUGUUCGCCGCUCUACUCGUGAAAGCGCUGGACAACUGGCGAUACAGCGAUAUGGAGUACAGUCGACGGAAAUAUAAGGGACUCACCAGUGCAUGCUCCCUCUUCCUGGUAGCGCUCGGUAUUGUAGCCAUAGAGGCUAUCAUCCCCAUCAUGUGGUUGAUUCUGGUCCGUCCCACGGCCAGUCUGUACACGGAGGGAAUGCCCAUGGAUGACUGGGCAUGGUGCGAUCCCCAUGACCUGUACGAUCGUGCUCUGGUCAUGUCCAUGAUCUUUGUCAUGUUCCUGGUCGUUGUGACGGGGAUCGUGGCCUCUCUCGCCUGGGAUAGUGACAGUAACUAUUACGAAUCGCGUUGGAUCUUCGUGUCCAGUGUGUGUACAGCGGGCUGUUUCCUCGUCUGGAUGAUAGUGUCCACCAAUGCAGGUCCGCCGUUUAGAGAUCCUGCCGUAGCACUAGGAAACUGUGUUAAUGCCACUGCUCUUCUCAUCUUUAUUCCUAUCAGGAAAUUGGUCCUGCUCUGUUACCUAAAAAACAAUGAUGAGACGGACAAGGUCCAGCAUCUCGGAGAUGAACGUGUAGAUGUAUAUUCGACUGUGUAUUCUAACCAGGGAUACGAAGGUGAUAUGUUCCAACCUAUCGAAUCCAAACACAGUUCAGACAUGGGCUUCGAAAAUCACAACAUGUAAUCGAUCAAUAUGUACUUGCUGAACUUAAAGAACUUUUACACAAAAAUGUGUUGGAUGGUCGUCAACUGCUAAACUGUGAAAAACUGGCCUCAUUACCGGUAACUGUGAACAACAUCUGUCGGCCUCAUCACCAGUAACUAUAUGGGUACCAGAAUAUGUUAUCAACAGGAGAAAAAAGUUGUGAAACACAAAUUAACUGAUGUCCAACACUUGGUUGUGUCACCGGGUUUGGACAUACAAAUCAAACGAUCUCCAAAGAUCAUAUUUUGACAUUCCCAAAGGAAGGCAGAUAAUCUCAUUUUUUAAAACUUUUUCACGUAAAAAUGUGAGGAAAACAUGUCAUCCUCCAUCUGUCGUUUUUUUAAUAAACCUUAAAUGAGUGUCGGAACUAUAUUGGGACAACUUGCCACGUACAAUUAGGUGGAGACUCGAGAGUGACUGUGUGAGAGUGUGUGUAUAUAUAUAUAUAUAUAUAUGUGUGUUUUAAGUGUUGAUUUAGUCAACGAGGACAACAAAACUCCCUAAUUACUAAAAACACAUGAUAUCGAUAAAAGUUGCCAAAGUAUCAUGCUGAUAAAAGUUGUCAAAGAUUUGAAAGACAAGGAUUACACUUAUAUUCUUCCAUUGAAUUUUGGUAAUACUUGCUGAAUCUAUAUUUUUUAGAUUGGGAUUUUUUUAGUUUCUCGGUUCAUUUUUUAGAAAAUUUAUAAAUGAUCGUUUCGAAAACUCUGGGGUUUAUGUUACAAUAUUAAUUUAGUCAAGUUUUUAGAAAUCUGUAAAUUUUGUCUAUAAGGGAUUAAAUGUUUUGUUUGAAAUAUUUGCUCACACUGGAUGUAUUUUCUGAAUUUCUCACUAUGUUAUGGGGAAACAUUAAGAUGAGAACAACGGAACAUGGCACAAAUUCUCAACACUCAGCCCAUAUAUAUGAGUAUUAUAUAAAUGAAUUAAUAUAGUAUGGACCUUGGAAUAGGAAUGUGUGACAGGUCCCUGUGACUGGAUGUGCUACAGUCAAACCUGUGAAAGGGGACCACCUUCUGGAAAAAUGGUCCCUUAUUGUGUAUAGGUGGUCUCUUUAUACAGGUUGACAUGAACAAGGUGUAUUUAUAGUGGUCUCUUAACACAGGUUUGUCUUCGUUUAUCAGAUGUAUUAUUAGACUUUGCUGUCUCCAUGCAGAAAAUAUUUUAUUUAUAAGUGAUGAAAAUUACAUUUUGACUGAGAAUUAGCGUCACGGGAUAUUUAAAGAUAGCGUACAGGAAUUGAGAGAUGCUGAGACCUAUAAAAAAUACUUUGGUCGACACAUUUUAUAUCAGAUCUGAAAUUGAAACUAUUCAUUCAAAAUAAUCUUGAUUUGUGAUGUAGAAGCCUUAAUAGAUUGAUGAUCAUUAUUGAAGCAGGAUUUUGGCUACUCUGAAAAAAAAAAAUGUUUUCAGAUGAAAUUUUGGACACCAGGUAAAAAGGUUAAUAGACAUUGUUGAUGGGUAUUGAAAGUGUUUAUUUUUCAGGCCUUAGUUAAUUUUUCUGGAGGAUUUGUUAUUUCUUUGAUGACACUUACACCACAGGUAGAGAAAGUGAGUUUAUAUAUAUGUGUGUUCAUGAAUAUGUAUGAGGAUUAUGAAUAUGUAAAUUAGAUGAGUUAUGCAUAUGGAAGGGAAUUGUAUCUUCUGUUUAGUGCUGUUUUCUUUCAAUAAUAAUCCAUUACAAACAAGUGUUAAUGUACGAGCUAAACAUAUCAUAUAUAUUCGCUGUAAAAUGUAUAUUUACAUUAAAAUAUUAUGCAUAAGAAUGUGAUAUUUUUACAAAUAAAAAUUUUGUACCUA